AUCUUUAUAGUCGUUGUUGUUUUAUUGUUACUAUUAUUAUUAUUAUCAUUGUCGCUGUCGUGGUUGGUAGCGGCCGGGAUUCUGCGGUUGUGUCGAAGCGCUGGUCUCCUCGGGCAGUGGGUGGUUUCUCCUGUGUAUCCCUCCUAGGACACUCGAACGAAGAUUUCUCUUACUUCCUUUCUUUUUCUCCUCCUUCACUUCUCCAAGGCUUUUAAAACAAACACACAAAAAAAGCAAACCUACGCUGGUGUUGUCGUCUUUUUAAAAAAUUUUGUCGUUUAUUUUUUCCUUUUUUUGUUUUUGAUUUUUUUAUUGUUUGUUUGUUUUCGGUUUUGUUUUUUUUUUGCCUGACAUCUGGGAAACCAAUACCCCCCACUCUCAGAAAUAACCAAAGACAAUGGUUCACUGUGCAGGCUGCAAAAGGCCAAUCUUGGACCGGUUUUUGUUGAAUGUACUGGACAGGGCUUGGCAUGUGAAGUGUGUUCAGUGCUGUGAAUGUAAAUGCAAUUUGACAGAGAAAUGCUUUUCGCGAGAAGGCAAGCUUUACUGCAAAAACGACUUCUUUCGGUGUUUCGGGACCAAGUGCGCGGGCUGUGCCCAAGGCAUCUCCCCCAGCGACCUGGUCCGCAGGGCGCGGAGCAAAGUGUUCCACUUGAACUGUUUUACGUGUAUGAUGUGUAACAAGCAACUCUCAACCGGCGAGGAGCUCUACAUCAUAGACGAAAACAAGUUUGUCUGCAAAGAAGAUUACCUAAAUAACAGCAAUACUGCCAAAGAAAACAGCCUGCAUUCAGCCACCACCGGCAGUGACCCCAGCCUGUCCCCGGACUCCCAAGACCCCUCCCAAGACGACGCCAAGGACUCGGAAAGCGCCAACGUCUCCGACAAGGAGACAGGCAGCAACGAGAACGACGACCAGAACCUGGGGGCCAAGCGGCGGGGCCCCCGCACCACCAUCAAGGCCAAGCAGCUAGAGACUCUGAAGGCCGCCUUCGCGGCCACCCCCAAGCCCACCCGGCACAUCAGGGAGCAGCUGGCGCAGGAGACCGGCCUCAACAUGCGGGUCAUCCAGGUCUGGUUCCAGAACCGGCGCUCCAAGGAGCGGCGCAUGAAGCAGCUGAGCGCGCUGGGCGCCCGGCGGCACGCCUUCUUCCGCAGCCCGCGCAGGAUGCGGCCGCUGGUGGACCGGCUGGAGCCCGGGGAGCUCAUCCCCAACGGACCCUUCUCCUUCUACGGAGAUUACCAGAGCGAGUAUUAUGGCCCUGGAAGCAAUUAUGAUUUCUUCCCGCAAGGACCUCCUUCAUCUCAAGCUCAGACACCCGUGGAUCUCCCUUUCGUGCCCUCCUCGGGGCCGUCAGGCACUCCCCUGGGGGCCAUGGACCACCCUCUGCCCGGACAUCACCCCUCCAGUGAGGCCCAGCGCUUCACUGACAUCAUGUCGCACCCCCCAGGAGACUCGCCCAGCCCCGAACCCAACCUGCCAGGGUCCUUGCACUCCAUGUCCGCCGAAGUUUUUGGCCCCAGCCCUCCAUUUUCUUCGAUAUCCGUCAACGGUGGUGCUAACUAUGGCAAUCACUUGUCACAUCCACCAGAAAUGAAUGAAGCAGCUGUGUGGUAGCUUUAAAACAAACUGGGUCUAAGUAAGUGAUGAUCAUCUAGUCUGCUUAUUGUUAUGGUGUACAGAAAUGAAUAAAUAUAACAUCUCUCCUGCCCUAAGACAAUAUUACCUUGGGAACGAACUGAAUCCAAAGCGCUCCAAGGCAAGCUUUGCUCUAGACCAGGACAAUCUCCAUGUUAUGGUUGUAUCAGACAAGCAAGGGGACUUUUUUGUACCGUUGACAAAGAAACUGGUGAAGCUGUACAGUAAAGUGCUGCCAUACCAUAGGAUGGCGUAAGUUUGAUUACCCUGUUGGAUGUCAUCCUAAGAGCCACAAUCCUUAGAAACUUCUCAUUUAAAAAAAAAUAUAAAUUAAUAAUUGAAUGAAGGAAAGGUCAAAGAAAAGGGGGAAAAAAGCUUCAAGAACUCUAGCAUUCCCGGUUAAGGAUGGUUCUGGCAUUAUGAAUUUGUUUAUUAAUUUUUGUCUCUCAGAAAGUUCGACAACAAGAAACUCUUUUUAGCUUCAGCCAUUUCAGCCUGCUGACUAUCAGGUGGGACAACUUUCUUUUUCCUUUGUUUUUGUUUUGUUUUCCAAAAUAGCAAAUACUAAAUGUUAAGCCCUCAGCACCAACUCUUCUACCUUCACAAAGCUACACGUACAAAACCUCCUCAUCAUAGCAAAGGUCACCACCCAGACCUCUAACGAAAAUGACUUGAAAAAAAAAAAAAAAAGCAAGCAUACAAAAA